GCUCUUAUCUUUCUCUCUCUCUCUCUCUCUCCCCCUCCCAGACCCAGUCACAGACACCAGAGCCUCCCUUCCUUUCUCUCAGUUGCAGCAGAUCUGUUGUUAUUGCAGUUUCAGAGUAUAGUUAUACCUAACUCCUACUGGGUCUCUUUUGGUUUUCUUUUCCUCUGGUUAAGUGAGGAGCCAGCCCAUGUAUAAGCAUGGAAGCCCAAAGCCCACCUUGUAAGAUUGCUCGUGUUGCUGAAAAUGGAAUUGGGUCGAUGGGAGCAGGGUCACCUUCGGUUGGGCUUGGGCUCGGACUUGGGCUCGGGCCUGGGCUUAGCCAUGGAAAGUCUGGGUUCACCUUUCUUCAGUUGCAGGAGCUAGAACACCAAGCUCUUAUCUUUAAAUACAUGGUUGCAGGCGUGCCUGUGCCUGUUCAUCUCGUCCUUCCUAUCUGGAAGAGCGUUGUAAGCUCAUACGGUGGUGUUAAUGGUGGGAUCUAUCAACACUACCCAAGCUUCUUAGGUUGCACAAGUCUGUGCCUUGAUUACAGAAACAGCAUGGAACCUGAACCAGGGAGGUGCAGAAGAACAGAUGGGAAGAAAUGGCGUUGCACCAAGGAUGUUGUUCCAGAUCAAAAGUACUGUGAGAGGCACAUGCACAGAGGCCGUAAAUGUUCAAGAAAGCAUGUGGAAGCCUCUCAAGGUGGUGCUACUCCCCCUUGUGCUGCUGCUGCUGCUUCUUCUGUUAACGCCACAACCAGCAAAACAAACAACGAUUCUCUGAACUCAAACACCAAUCUAUCCAUCUCAAUCCCAGCAAAUCUUGAACUCACCACCACCACUACCACCACCAACACCAACACCAACAACAACAACGAUGUCAGUGGAAGCAACACCAGCAAUAACAUCAGCAACAGCAAUGCUGGUAUUAAUGUUUCUCCAAGCUUGGGUUUUUCUCCCAAGAGUGUCCUUCAAAGUGGCACCUGCAAAACUGACUCCUCAUUGUGAACAGGGAGACCCUUCUCCCCUCUUCUUGUUUUAGGGUUUUAGGGUGCAGUUUGUUGAAGGAUUCAAUCAAAACUCCUUGCUUCAAAUGGGAGAGACAGUUAUUGCUGGUUUUGUUUGGUGGAGGGGGAGAAAAGAACUGAUGGGUUCCACCAUUGGUUAACUUUUUAGGUUUAAAGGGAAAUAUCAUGUUUUUAGCUGAUCCUACAUGUUUGUUCAGAUCUUAUAUAUGCUUCUACUUUUCCUCUUAUGCUCGCUCAUA